AUGGAUUAAUAAAAUGAUGUCGUAACUUAGGGUUAAUCACAAGAAUUGAAUGAAUAACAGGAUGAGACUUCAACUCAAAAUGAGCCAAUAGAAUAAACUAUUGCUGAAAACCCCCCUAUAACUGAAACCAUUCCAAUGAUCGAUCCAUCAAUUGAUUAAAAUAAAGAUCAACCUACAAAUUAAGAUAAUAAAACAGAACAAUCAAAUGAUCCUCCUGCUUCAAAUCCAAUUUACACUUAUUCAAUUUUGGCAAAAGAGUUUAUUUUAUUCAGCCUUCCCUAUUUAUAUUUUAUAUUUGCUGCUCUUUAUAGGAUUUAUUAGCUUUAAAANGAUUAUGCUUCUGCUGAAAUAACAGAUUCUACAACAGAAAUAGCAACAUUAACUUCAAAAGUCGAAUAAUUGGCUUAAGAUGUUGAUAACAAAAAAAUAUAACUUGAUAUUUUAAAUGAAUAAGAAACAUAAUUAACUGAAUAAAGAGCUAAUGAUGCUGACGAUUUUAUAAAAUUUGAACAUGAAACUGAAAAUGUGAUAGAAGCUAUUGAAGUUAUUUUUACCAAAUUAUCCUCAAUUUAACCUGAAUAAGAAGUAGUUUAAAUUUUAACAUAAUUAAAUUAAAUUGGUGCAUCAAAUCCAAUUUUAGCAUUAAUGUAAGUUGCAUCAACAUUCUCAAAAGAUCAAUUAAACAAUGUUUUAAAUAAAUUGAGUGAAGUGAGUGCAUCUUUGGAAUAAAGUCUACAUGAUGCCAGAUAAUCUGAAAUAUAAGCUUAAUUAGAUUAUGAAAGAUUAAUGGUUGAAAUAGAAAGUUAAAGAGAAUCAUUGUCAUCAGCUAGAGAAGAUUCUGAAAGACAAUUAAAAGAUAAUGAAUAAGCAUUAGAUCUCUAAAAAAAGAGAAAAGAAGAUGCUACUGAUGAAUUAAAUGCUGCCACUUCAGGUAAAGAAUAAAAAGAAGGUGAAUGUGAUGGAUGGAGAACUUAAUAUGCUGCUGAUACUGAACAUAGAUAAUAAGAAAUUUCAAUAAUUAGAUAAAUUGAAGAAAUAUUGGCAACUAAACUCAAAAAUGUCAAAGUGUACUUAUUAGAAAGAUCUUCUUCAUGA